GUAGCAUGGCCCAAAUAAAAAUUGGGGCAGGGAGUAUUACUUUGUCCGAGGCAUUUCAUCAUCUAUCUACCAACCUUCAAUCAUCAAAAACCCUAGAAUCCAAUCGACACCGCCGGAGCGAGCCUGUGGAAGCCUGGAGACCCAAGCUGCACUGUCAGUGUUCCCGUUCUCUGAGUGAACUCGGUUGAGCCGGGGGUUUCUUGGAAACAGCCUUCCUACUUCCGAGUAGGGGCAAGGGAGUAUUACUUUGUCCGAGGCAUUUCAUCAUCUAUCCACCAACCUUCAAUCAUCAAAAACCCUAGAGUCCAAUCGACACCGCCGGAGCGAGCCUGUGGGAGCCCGGAGACCCAAGCUGCAUUUUCAUUGUUCCCGUUCUCUGAGUGAAUUCGGUGCAUGCUGAGAAAUGAAAUGAAUGUUUGUUAAUUGAAUGGUGUGUUUGGCUGGUUUUUUGUUUUGAAAAUGGAGUGUAACAAAGAAGAAGCAAUCAGGGCCAAAGAAAUUGCAGAGAAGAAGAUGGAAGGUAAAGAUUUCACGGGUGCUCUCAAAAUUGCAUCCAAAGCUCAUAAGCUCUAUCCAGAGCUGGAUAACAUUGAACAGAUGAUUUUAGUCUGUGAUGUGCAUUGUGCAUCAGAAAACAAGAUAUGUGGGAACGAUAGUGACUGGUAUAGUAUUCUCAAGGUGGACCCCAAGGCCAAUGGCGAGACUGUAAAAAGACAAUACCGUAAGUUUGCACUCUUACUUCAUCCCGAUAAGAACAAGUUCCCCGGUGCGACAGAUGCAUUUAAAAUGAUUGGGGAAGCUCAAAAGGUGCUAUUGGAUUAUGAAAAACGCAGCCUUUUUGACAAGAAACGUUUUGCUGUUAAAAAGCCUAGGGGACAUUACAGUUCUGUUUUCCCUCAGCAACCUACAUUUUGGACCAUGUGUUCAUAUUGUUUGUUUAAAUAUCAGUAUUUAAUAGAAAUGAAAGGCAAAGUCUUGUCAUGCCAACAAUGUAAAAACCAAUUCAUUGCGCAUGAGAUAAACACUCCAGGGCAGAAACAAAAUGGCACGAAUGUCCCCCAAUGUAAUGCCAAGAUCAAUCCUCAAACAAUUCCUGUGAACCUUACAACGAAGGGUAUACCCGGGGAAGGUAAGAGGAAGGUAAGUGCAGAAAUGAAGAAAGAAGAAAGCCCCAAGCGGUCAAAGAGGCGUGUUUCUUGUUCUGAAAAUCUCAACUCUCCCAAAACAAAUGAAACUGGCAAAAUUUCUGAAGGUAUGUCUAUUGAAUACCUUUGUCCGGAUUUGAAUGAUUUUGACAAACAGAGAAGGGAAGAGUGUUUCACGGCUGGACAAGUAUGGGCCUUUUAUGAUGUGUUGGAUGCCAUGCCUAGGUUCUAUGGGGUAAUAAACAAGAUUUUCUUGCCUGGAUUUAAGUUGCAGAUUACCUGGUUAGAACCCGAUCCUGAUGAUGAAGAUGAAACGAAAUGGGUUAUUGAGGGUUUACCUGUUUCUUGUGGUAAAUUCAGAUUAGGGAGUUCAGAAACCAUUAAACAUCUUCCAAUGCUCUCUCACAUGGUGUGCUGCCAAAAAGACGAGAAUCGAGAAGAAUCCUAUAACAUAUAUCCUAAAAAGGGCGAAACAUGGGCAAUCUUUAAGAACUGGAACAUGAAUUGGCAUUCUCACAUUAAGAGCAAGACAGAGUUUGAGUAUGAAUUCGUGGAGGUCUUGUCUCACUACACUGAUUGUAGUAGCGGCGGUGUGGAUGUUGCACUUUUGGUUAAGGUAAAUGGGUAUAAAUGUCUUUUUACCCGCGAUGAAGGGCGGGGAAGGGUUCGGGUUCCUGUGAAAGAGCUAUUCAGAUUCUCCCACAGGAUUCCUUGUUUCAAAAUGAAAGGGACAGAAGGGAAAGGUGUCCCUAAGGGGUCUUUAGAACUUGACCCUGCUUCCUUGCCAGUGUGUGGCAUGGUCUGAGGAUUCUCAUCACAUUAACAAGAAACAACAUGAAUGGUUGUACCCUAACUUCUUCAAGCUUGAGACUAUAACGCAGGCACGCACGCAUAGCUGUAGAAAUCCCUCUAUUUUUGCCAAUGAUUGCUAAGAUGUGGGAUUACUUGCCAUUUGAUGAUUUUUACUAAGACCAAAUUAGGCUGUGGUAAAAACUUGAUUUAACUUUUUGUACAAAGCACUUGUUUUCUAGUUCUAGAUGAUGGGUUUUCUUUUGUAGACAAGAUGGUGAUUUUCUGUAGCAGCAGUUUUCUUUCU